GAAAUAUCAGAUAAUCCAAAUUUAAACGAUAACUGGGAUGACGAUGAAGGAUAUUAUCGCGUCCGUAUAGGAGAAUUAUUGGAUAAAAGAUAUAAAGUUUAUGGUUAUACUGGUCAAGGAGUAUUCAGUAAUGUAGUUAGAGCUCGCGAUACUACUCGAGGAGACCAAGAAGUGGCUAUCAAAAUUAUUAGAAAUAAUGAAAUGAUGCAUAAAACUGGUCUCCGAGAAUUAGAAAUGUUAAAAAAAUUAAACGAAGCUGAUCGUGACGAUAAAUAUCAUUGCUUAAGGCUGUACAGAAAUUUCUUCCAUAGAAAUCACUUGUGUCUUGUAUUUGAAUCUCUUAGCAUGAAUCUUCGUGAAGUUCUUAAAAAAUACGGAAAAAAUGUUGGUUUAAACAUCAAAGCUGUUAGAUCUUAUGCCCAACAACUCUUGCUAUCACUAAAGUUAUUGAAAAGAUGUAGCAUACUACAUGCUGAUAUUAAACCGGACAACAUUUUGGUAAAUGAACAAAAACUCGUUCUUAAAUUAUGCGAUUUUGGCUCGGCUUCAAUUGUUUCUGAAAAUGACAUUACACCAUAUUUAGUUAGCCGCUUUUAUCGCGCCCCGGAAAUUAUUAUCGGGAAAAGUUACGAUUACACAAUUGAUUUGUGGUCAGUUGGUUGUACCCUAUUUGAAAUAUAUACAGGAAAGAUUCUAUUUCCUGGAAAAACUAAUAAUGAAAUGCUAAAGCUCAUGAUGGAUAUGAAAGGCAAAAUGCCGAAUAAGGUUAUUCGUAAAGGAAUGUGCAAAGAUGAACAUUUCGACAUGAAUGGCAAUUUUAUUAAUCGAGAAAUUGACAAAGUUACAGGAAAGGAAAAGAUAUCCAUUAUAUCGAAUCUCAAUUCAUCGAAAGAUUUGUUGGCAAUGUUAGUCGGUAAUCAACGUCUUGAAGAAUCUCACUACCGGAAAGUCACUCAACUUAAAGAUUUGUUAGACAAGAUAUUUAUGCUCGACCCUGCGAAGAGGAUUUCGAUAAAUGAGGCGCUCAGCCAUCCCUUUAUCAAAGAAAAAAUUUAA